ACCGUCAACCCCUUCAUCCAUCUCCCUCUCCAACAACUCACCACCAGCCUGCCCCCAACUUCCUUCCUCCCUCUCCCUCUCCGACGACUCCCCGCCAGCCCGCCCACCAUAUCUCCCCUCCCUCCCCACCGCAACCCACCACCUCCCCUCCCCACCCAUCUCUCUCACUCCCUCCGCAACCCACCGUCUCCCUUCACCACCACAACCCGCCAGCCUGCUUGCGCCGACCAACCUUCCACCCACCAGCUUGUGUCGGCCAUACCUCACCCUUCCUCUCUCUCCGAACCUGCUGAUCCCCCCUUCUAUCUAUCUUCCCUUCCGUUCUUUUUCCGCAGGUUUCGAUUUUGAUUUGUUAUUGGGCCGCUACGGCGGCAACAGGGAGGAGGAGGUUCAAUUUCUUUUUAAUAGGUUUGUGGCGUACGGAGAUACGAGGGUGGAGAUUGGUAUGUAUUUUUUUGGGAUUAGUAUCUAUUUUUGGUUUGGUAUUGUUUUGUUUUGUAUUGGUACUUUUUGUAUUGAUAUUGAUUAUCAUAGCAAUGGUAUUGUUUUUGUCGCAUUGGUAUUAUUUUUUGACACAAUGGUAUUGGUGUUUUGUGAAAUGGUAGCGUUUUUAUUUCUCGAAUGAUAUUGGUGUUUUGUGCAAUGGUAGUGUUUUGCGAAGUGGUAGUGGUUGUCUAAUGGAUUGGUAUUGAUUUCUUGUUUUUUGUAUUAAUGUUAUUGGUGUUUUUCGAAGUGGUAGUGAUUGACUAAUGGAUUGAUAGUGAUUUUUUUUUUUUGCAGAAAGAUUGAGAAAAAUAAGGAGAGUUUCCUUUAGGGGAACUUCUGGUUAAGUAUCUGGGGGUUCUGCUCCUAUCCACUAAACUUUCACGAAGGGACUGCGAAACUCUUGUUGAUAGAAUAACGAAGAGAGUUCAUAGUUGGCGAUCUAGAAGCUUGAGUUUGGCAGGUAAAUUACAAUUGAUCUCUUAUGUGCUUGUUCGUAUUCUGCAACACUGGAUGUCAUUGUUCCUCUUGCUAAAGUAUGUUAUCAUGGAGGUAGAGAGAAUUUGCAAUAAGUUUUUGUGAGAUAUAGGAGAACAUAUUCACAGAACUAGACCGAUUAUGGCUUGAAAAUUAGUGGUUGUCCCAAAGAAAGAGGGGGGUCUCGGAUUACGUUACAAUAUGUAAUAUAGAUUGCGUAGUUCAUCAUCACUGGCAUAUCAUGUCCUUAAGCGGGUCGCUAUGGGUAGCAUGGAUUUAUCGGUACAAAGUGAAGAAUCAAUCAGUAUGAGAUAUGAAGGUCGGCACCUCUAGCUCUUGGAUUUGGCGAAAGGUGUUGAAGUGUCGAGAGGGGGUUCGACCCUUCAUCUCAGGUCAGGGUCCUAAUCUGAAAUGGAAUGGGGUGAGCAUAUAAUGAUUCUAUGUGAAACUAGUUUGGGAUUCGCUUCGAGUUAAAAGUCCUCUUGUACCUUGGUGUCCACUAGUCUGGAGCAGGGAGCUUAUUCCAAGGCAUAGCUUUAUCUUAUGGAUGGUUAUUCAGGAUCGAAUUCAAACGCAGGAUAUGCUGAAGGCUUGGGGUAAAAUUGUUACUGGUUGUUGUUUACUUUGCGAGCGGCGGCCGCCCGGGGGGGGGGGGGGGGGGCGUUGAAAAUAGUUUCUCCUUUUCUAUCCUUGCCCUUUUUUAUCCAGCAUGUGCUUGGCUACAUUUUAAAGCAGGACUGUCACAGUGAUGAAUUUGCAGGACUGGGAGGAAGUUGUUCAAUGGUGUGUUUGUAAAUGGCGGGGGGGGGGGGGGGGGGGGGGGGGGGGGGGGGGGGGAGGAUGUUGUUGGAGUGUUUGGGAGAGUAGUGUGGACCUUGGCGAUUAGCUUUGUGUGGCGGGAAAGAUGCGCUAGAUUGUAUGGUUCUAACAAGGCCAAGUCUGUUUUGAGAUUGAGCGGGUGCUUCAAGAUAGAGCAGACUGCUUCCCAAAUUUGCAGAAAAUCCUUAUAGACGGAAUGAAUGAUAGAUAGUGAUAGAUAGUUUAUACGAGAUAGAGAUUGGUUUUUUCUGUCUUUGAUGGUUGUAAACAGUUGAGAGGUGCUCAAGAGUUCUUGGGAUCACCCGUUCUUAAUGCAUUUUUUUAUUUAACCAUGAAUAUAUAUAUAUAUAUAUAUCAAAUAUGUUGAACGAUUAUAUCACGUGGUGUGGGUGAAUAAGUAAGUCCACUUAUCACAUAACAUUGAAAAGUGUAUACAUAUCAAGAUUUGAUGUUAUUGGAUACAAAUAAAAAAUUAAUUAAGGGUAUUUUCAUUACAAGUUUUACUGAAAAUUUAAUGUUUUGAAUCUCAAAAUAUAAAAACAAUAGUAGAACCAGGCAAAUUUUCCAGCAAAACAUGAACUUCGCCAAGAAUGGUUCCAAAAUGAUUAUCUUGUGAACCAGACAAAUUUAUCUUAUCAAUGACCACUUUUGUGUCUCUUUCAAAUCGAGCCUGUGAGAGACCAUAAUCCAUACACCAUUGGAUGGCCUCGCGGAGCACUAAAAGUUUUACUGUAAGCGGGUCAUCAAUAUCCGCAAUAUGAAUUCCCCGAGCCAAGACAAUUGAACCACUAUGAUCCUUGAUAAUUAUUCCCUCGGCCGAGUGAGAGCCCUUCGUUCUGACACUGUCCCACAUGCAAGUGGCCAAGACUGGGGUUGAAGCAUUCGCAUUUGCAACCGAGGGAUUGGUGAAUGAAGUCUCUCUGUCCGCUGGUCAACCCAUCCAUUCCUGGACUAGUUGAUGAUACUGUCACAUCAAAGAUAUAACACAAAAUCGUUUCCCUUUAAAGACAACUCAAUUCCUGGAUUUCCAAAUCCGUCAUAGUGCCGCAACAACAACCAUGCUCUGAUGUGGUUGAUUGAGCAGUAACAUCAACUUCUUAUGAAAGAGGGGGAACUUUUGGCGAUGGAACCCUACGCCUACAGAUUUUAGGCCAGCAUGAUCCCAUAUUGCCCUUGCCACCGGGCACUCCAGAAAGAUGUUCCACAGUCUCCACAUCAGCCCAGCAAACCGGAUAUCGAGGUAAAACUUGGACCUCCUUCUCAAUCAAUACUUCCAUGGUUGCUAAAAUGUGAUUGAAAAUUUGCCAAAGAAAGACCUUAUGCUUUAAAGGGAUAGGGAGCCCCCAAAUCCGAAUCCAGCUUGAUCGAUCCAUCCAACUGACAGUCUCCCGCCAUCUACCUUGUCCACGACUAAGCUGGACCGCUAAGUGAUAGGCAGAUUUAACUGCGAAAAUGUCAACAUUGGUAUCUGUUAGAAAUCCACCUUAUGUGGGAUCUUAUUAUUUAUGGUAUGAUAAUUAUUAGGGCAAAUACAAUAUAUUAGCCAUAACUAUUAAGCAGCGGGGAAUUAUAGCCACAACUAACGAAAUACAAAUUAUUAGCCAAUCGUUAAGUUUUCGUUAACACUUCUGUUAGUAAUGAUGACUAAGCUUUUACGAUGCCGAGCUGGCUCCCACGUGGCAGUCAUCAUAUUAUAUUUUUUACGAUGCUGACAUGGUCUUCUACGUUAAAAAUUUGAAAACAGUAAUGGGUUGUUAGCCAAAUCUUGACCCACAACAAUAGUUAUGGCUAAUAAUUUGUAUUUCGAUAGUUGUGACUAUAAUUAUCCGCUACUUAAUAGUUAUGGUUAAUAUAUUGUAUUUACCCUAAUUAUUAAGAAUAUUAGUAACUUGGGGGUUAAGUUUAGGGUUAGUAUCAGGUUUAUUCCGGUAUUUACUAUAAAUAUGUAUUCGGCCGUUCAUUUACGAUGAAGCAAAGAUUAAUAGAAGAAUUAUCUCCUCAAACCCUAAGCUCUCUCUAUCUUAUAAUUUCUAUCUUUCCCUAAUCCAAGGCUUCGGCCGAUUCUUAUUCUCUUCUUCUUUCCCAAAUUCUCAAUCUUAAUCCCCAAUUCUAUCUUCAAAUCCCUAAAUUCCCAAUCACUCAACAACACCGAUAGAACCCUAAAAUUAGGAUUCUAUCAUUUGGUAUCAGAGCUAGGAUGAGAUCCUCAAAACUCAUCGAUCCGGCAUGGGCUCGCAUACGACAUAAGAUCGAGUUCACGCUAGCUGAGCUCAAGCAGGAGGCUCGUGACCGAGGGUGGGCUGCCGCCGAAGAAGAAGAUCAUGAGGCCACAGUCACGCCACCACCUGAAAAGGUCCCGACAAUGGAGGCCACCACCCCAAACAUCAUCAUCACCGAGCGGUCGAGGAAAGAGGCGGCAUCAUCUUCACCAACACUCGUUGCCAUACUGUGUACCGCCACGCCACCAACGAAAGAAGGAUCACUGUCGCUACUACCAUGCGCUGGUGACAAUGAAGCCGUCACUGUCGUUGCUACGGUGGGGUUUGAAAUCAAGGAUCUGCCGACUUCUAGAAGAGCAGCCACCGCCAUUCCAUCAGUUGUUGUCCAUAAUGAAGGUCUGGCUGCAGAAAUCCCAGGCGAACAGAAGCCAAUUCCGGCGAAUACCACAACACUUGCUCGCGUCGUCUCAACCUCGGAACCAACCACCAACUUUGCAGGCCCAAAGGUCGCAAUCUCCGUGCUCGGGGUGGAAGAAUCGCACAUUGAGAAGCCGGAAGCAGAUCAGAAGGAGGACGAGCUAUGGCUGGGCGCGAUAAAAGGAAGAGGAGCCGCUGCGCCCACUCCCAUUGCAUCACCCACGUCAUCACCAUUGAAGGAACAGCUCGUCUUUGUCGAGGGUAGGGAUGCCAUCCUCAACCAGUUCUCGGGCAAAGAUUCCACUGCAUCUUUAGCUGCCGCAUCCCCAUCAACGGCCCUUGCUGUCAAGAAGAGCGCCACCGCUGCCGAUAGAACUCGAUUGCGCUUUCAAACCGCCCUAUUGUCGAUCGUCACGGUUGGCUCCCGGGACCACACAGAAGGAGAGUCGAAUCAGCCGGGAAACGGAGCCGCUAACGCGCCCAGGCUGCGGUUCACCUCACCACCGUGGCCGCCGCCAUUCGCAGACGACCUUCGACCCGCCCUGCUCAAGUCAACGUCAUCGUCGGUGGUGGGAGGAAUCAAGAAAUUGCAGCUGUUGGGCAACACUAGCCCUUCCACCGAGACGACCGUCGCCGCUUCAAGUUCCAAGGUAUUCUCGAUUGAUGAAUUUGGAAGCUCCUUUCCGCGUAUUGCCUUGACUCACAUAGAAGGAAAAAAGAGGGGUUUAAUGAAUUACAAUAAGCCUUAUGGAAGCCAAGCAGGGUGUGAAUGUGAGAAUGAGUUAUUCGGAGGGGUACGACUACAAUUGUCCUCGUCGAGUACUGUUGGUGCACACAACGGUACGGGCUCGAGAGCGAGAAAGUCAGAGCUGAUUCUUAAGAGCAAGUUUCAUGGAAGAAAAAACCAGCAGCUACCAGUCCGCACUAUCCUUACAGGCAUGAGUCUCGUCGUCGAGCUCUCCAGCUGCAGCAGCGGCAUUCUCAUCGGAGAAUUUAGGGGAUGUGUCUACAUCGUCAAAAAUCAUCUGCCUGCACAGCUGCGUGCAAGGAAAAGUGGCAAGAGCAAGCUGCUGCUCAAGACAUUCAGGUGGACGGAUUCAUGUAAUGGUUGGGAGGAGCUUCCCGUGGCAGCUUUGGAAUGAGUAGGAGAGGAAGGGACCCGAAUGCUGCUGGGUCGACAAGCUGGUUGCUUCCUAUCUCAGCUCCAGCUUUGGGGCAGCGACCAGGAGAGUUACUCAUUGGGCACAAGGACAUUUUCUAGGGUAUUCAAUUGGAAGAAAAUGAAGGAGCAGCUGAGUGUACUCGUCACUUUUGUUGGCUGUGUAAAACGGCCAGGAGGGGUACUACGGAUGAGCUAUGCCAAGGAAGCAGGUUGGUCUCACUUUCUUCAUUGGGAAUGGAAAUGGCAGCCGAGGGAUGCAGGGAGAAGGCCACUGGAUGAUGGUGGGAUUAUUGUUAUUGUAAUUAUGAAAUGGAAGGCAUAUGGGGUAAAAGAAGAGUUGUUAGGUGGUUAUGCUUAUGGGGAGUUUGUCUACUGGAGAAAGUUUGCAUGGGAGGAAUUGAUGACUAUGAGAAUCAUGGAGGGAAGGUGGGGAAGGAAGAUUGAAGGGCACGAGAUCCGUGGCCAUUGGGAGGGAACGAAGCUGGACUCCAUUUUCUUGGCACUGGCAAUGAGGAAGGGAUGGAAGUGUGGAAUAAUUGGGAAAAUAUUGGAGGAGCGCCAUCUGAUUGUAAUUAACGUGAGAGAGGGAAGAAGUGUUAUGCGAGGAGUGAGGGAAGACUUGAUACGGAGUCGAGCUUCAAACUGGGGCAGAAGAGCAACAAGGGAGUAAAGGCUUUGAUCGUUAGAGAAGGGCAGUUCCCGGAGCCAUAUCUCGUGGAGUUUAAAAGGGAGGACGAAAUUUCACUUGACCAAGAACACGGUACUGGUAUGUGUCAUGGGGUUGGCAAAGGAUCAGGAGAUGUUGGAGCUGUUGGAGUUGGGGUCGUUCGUGAGCGGGAGCGCAAUUGGAAGCGAAGGAAACGGACGGUCAAGAUAGUGGAGGUUGACUGCGACCUUGAGGACAAGGUCGUUUUUAAGGGGGAUGGAUUGUUAGAAAUCCACCUUAUGUGGGAUUCUCUUAUUAUUUAUGGUAGGAUAAUUAUUAAGAAUAUUAGUAACUUGGGGGUUAAGUUCAGGGUUAGUAUCAGGUUUAUUCCGGUAUUUCCUAUAAAUAUGUAUUCAGCCGUUCAUUUACGAUGAAGCAAAGAUUAAUAGAAGAAUUAUCUCCUCAAACCCUAAGCUCUCUCUAUCUUCUAAUUUCUAUCUUUCUCUAAUCCAAGGCUUCGGCCGAUUCUUAUUCUCUUCUUCUUUCCCAAAUUUUUAAUCUUAAUCCCCAAUUCUAUCUUCAAAUCCCUAAAUUCCCAAUCACUCAACAACACCGAUAGAACCCUAGAAUUAGGAUUCUAUCAGUAUCAUGCCAGAUUAGAGAAUCCUCGACAUCCUAACGUGGCAGUGGGAUUGCUCUGAUAGCACGUGCUACCUCUGGCGGAAACAAGUGAUUAAGUAUUUCCACAUUCCAUCCUCCUUCCCCUGGCCAUAUCAAAUAUGCAGCUUUUGGUUCACUUCCUUCGGGAAUCACCUGAGGGUAGCAGGUGGGAGGAUGCACUCUCGGGACCCAACUGGAAUUCUGAAUGGAUACAAUCCGACCGUUACCAAUCUGCCAGCACAAUCCCUACUGAAGGAAGUGGCGCCCAUAGACUAUACUCUGCCAGCCCCAUGAAGGACAGGACCGCACUGCUGUCGUGAGAAAGGACCCAAUUGAGAAAUAUUUUUUCUUUAUGGAACUGGGCGAAGAGGGAUUGGGAUUCUUUAAGGAUUUGCCACACAAUUUGGGUAAAAAAUGCAUUAAUUAUAGUGUUCAAGUCUACGAAAACUCAUCAUCAUCAUACUUGAUCCGACACAUUGCGUCAGGACAUUCAUCGGAUGCGUGUUUCACAAGUCACAACGCACUUGUGGAACCAUAGACAUCACUCUUUGUUCGAAGGAUGACGUAUUGACCAAUGAUGAGUCGAAAGGAGUUAAAAUAAAAGAAAAUUUUGAUUUCAAG